AGCGUGCGUCGUGACGCAAACCGGGCGGAAGUAGAAAGUCAAGAUGUCAACAAGCUCUGAUGCUAACAUGCUAACAGGCUAAUCCGACACAAACUGCACUUUUCCUCCGACGCGUUUAUCAAGACUUUUAUUUGAAUCUGUUCAUUUAUAAACUCCACGGGUCCACAGGUUUGUCAUCCGGGCGGUUUGGAGCGUGUUAAAGUGUGAUACUGUGUGAGCAGAAGCUAAAUAAAGCUAAGUGCUAACAGCGGCUCGUGCGCGUUCAACAAGAAACAGGAUGGCGGGAAAGAUGGGCGAGGACCGGCUCAAGGAGAUGGAGGCUGAGAUGGCCCUCUUUGAGCAGGAGGUGCUCGGGGGCCCCGUCGCUGGAGGCCCCUCGGUGAUGGAGGCUGUGCCCAUGGCCCUCGCUGUGCCCAUGGUACGACCCAUCAUCGGUACCAACACCUACCAACAGGUCCAGCAGACUCUGGAGGCCCGGGCUGCAAGCUUCGUGGGACCUCCAGGACCGACCUUCGUGGCUCCAGUUCGAGCUCCUCCUCCCAUGAUGCGUCCGGCCUUCGUGCCUCACAUCCUGCAGCGGCCCGGGACUCGGCUGCCCAUGGUGGGGGACAUGAUGACGCCCAUGGGUGACCCCAGCGGGUCUCCGGCGGCCACCAGCAGCACCCCCGUGAUCCAGGCGGCGCCCACAGUCUACUCAGCCCCGCCCGCCACCAUCGUGCGCAAACCGGAGCGCACGCAGAGGCAGGCCCGCAUGGAGGAGUUGGCGGCGCGUGUGGCGGAGCAGCAGGCCGCCGUCAUGGCAGCAGGUCUCUUGAAUAAGAAGGAGCCCGAGGAAAGUCCGAGCACCGUGAGAGCGAGCAGACCUGAACCCGAGCCCCCCCACAUCGAGGUGGAGAGUGUGUCUGAGGACAAGAAGAAGUCAAAGGGAGACAAGAUGAAGAAGUGUAUCCGCACAGCAGCAGGGACGUCGUGGGAGGACGCGUCUCUGCUCGAGUGGGACUCAGAUGACUUCCGGAUCUUCUGUGGAGAUUUGGGGAACGAGGUGAAUGACGACAUCUUGGCCCGAGCCUUCAGCAGAUACCCAUCCUUCCUCAAAGCAAAGGUGGUUCGAGACAAACGCACCGGAAAAACCAAAGGUUACGGUUUUGUGAGUUUCAAAGAUCCAAACGACUACGUGAGAGCCAUGAGGGAGAUGAACGGGAAGUACGUGGGCAGUCGUCCGAUCAAACUGAGGAAGAGCAUGUGGAAGGACCGAAACAUCGAGGUCGUCCGGAAGAAGCAGAAGGAGAAGAAGAAGCUGGGCCUGCGGUGACGCGUGCAGACUUUAGAUUUGUGACGCGAUUCUGUAAAUUUUGAUUUUAGUUAAUAAAAGGUCAAAAUGUAAAACA